GGACAACCUUGAAGCGAAAAAAGGCGUAAACCGAAAAAUAAUGAAAUUGGCUAUUGUGAUUAUAUUGCUUGCAUUCUUAAAUCUAAGUUUGGUGGUUACAUUCUAUUUACUGAAAUUAAGUCAUAUAAGACAUUGUCCUUGGAUCUUGGUGAAUAUAAAGGGACAAGGAUGGGUGUUGGGAAGCUAUGACUUUACAGCAUGGAGUAAACAAAGAUUUAUGCAAUUCCGCGGCAUACCAUAUGCUGAAGCACCUAGUGGGCCAAAGAGAUUUAAGGCUCCGGUACCAAAACGCCCUUGGACAAGUUUCUUUGAUGCCACAAAAUAUGGCCGUAGUUGUCCAGCUCUUCGUAGUAUUCCCCAGCCUUUGGGCAAAGGAGAUCUUGAAGAUUGUCUUAACCUAUGUGUGUACACCAAAAAGCUCAAUGUUAAACGUCCCGUUAUGUUUUAUGUAUAUGGUGGUGGAUUUUAUAAUGGCACUGCCUCCGAUUUUCCACCAAACUUCUUAAUCGAAAAAGAUAUUGUACUGGUAGUACCAAAUUUCAGAAUUGGUUUGUUGGGAUGGGCUUUUACCAAGUCCAAAGAAUUGCCUGGAAAUAUGGCAUUGUUAGAUUUGCAAAUAGCCUUGGUAUGGAUUGAACAAAAUAUAGCAACAUUUGGCGGUGAUCCCCAUACUAUUACUAUAAUGGGUCAAAGUGGAGGAGCUUGCAUGGCAGGAGCAUUAAUGUUAAGUCCCCUGACAAAUUUAAACCAUAUCAAACGUUUUAUCAUUAUGUCCGGGUCAGUGCUUAGCAACUGGGCUAUCAAUAGGAAUUAUCGCCAACAAAUCGAGCGUAUCUGUGGCAACUUGAAUUGUAGCUUUUGUAGUGAUGACAAAUAUUUAGCAAGUUGCUUAAAUAGUGCUGGAGUAAAACAUAUUUUGGAAGCUAGUAAAAAUGAAUUUUUCUCUCCUGUAGUGGAUGACCUCUAUGGAGUAAUACCCAAAGAACCCCUUGCUCUUAUGAAAGAUUUCACGCAACCAAUAUCAGUUUUGACUGGAUUUACAAAACAUGACGGUUCUUUUGCUGUUGCUAUACAUUAUGAUGAGGUACACAAAACUCAAUUGAAUGUCUCCGAUAUGAGAGUACAAGAAUUUGCAGAAGGUUUAGUGAAUAUAAUAAAUAAUCAAGUUCGAUUGUCGGAAAAUGUUUCAAAACUUUUGUUUUCACCGCAACUUUUGAGCAGCCACAAUCACAAAAUGGCUAUUCCGGCUUAUAUUGAUCUGGCUAGCAUUGAGUUUAUGAAAUAUCCAGUCUUACUUUUUGCCCAUCAUUUACUUGAGAAAGGAUUGGCGCCUGUUUACCUCUAUACUUUGGACUACGAAGGACAACAUACCCGAUUUGGUUAUGGCUUUUCUACAGAGCAUUACCCGUUUAAUGGGGGAGUGCAUCAUUCCGAUGAUAAUUUAUAUUUAUUCUCAACUCACUCGCUCAAUAAAAGGGAUACAAAGGUUUCUCAGAAUAUGGUAGAACUUUGGACAUCUUUUGCAAUAACUGGCAUCCCAAAACUACAUUGUGGUCCAAAAAUCGUCUCAAUGCAGGAUGAUUUGGGACCCUACAUUUCCAUAAAUCAAAAAAUAAUAAUAAAAUCGAAUGUCUCCAAAGAACUAACGGUUGCCACUAAAGACCCUUGCAAACACAAGCUUAUACGGUCUAAUAAACGUUUUUUGAAUUUCAAAUCUCCUAAGUGCUUUUAAAACGUACCUUGCCAUUCAGCUCUUCAUUUGGCUGCGCAUUUGCCACUAUGCCGGAACAAUAGCGAUCUAUAUUUUUGCCACAGUGUAGCUGCAGUGUUGGAUUAAAACGAAAGUCGGUAUUUUGUUCAAUCAUGCGAUUGACCACAACUAAAUGACAACGAGGGUCAAAGGCUGGAUCAUCUUUGUACACCUUUAAGCAAUCCAAUAGGCGCAUGGGAUCCUCUUUGGAGCAAUAUUUGUACGUCAUUUCUUUGCAAGUAUUGACUAGGGUAUAAUCAGUGGCACUAUCUCCAAGUUCGGAUUUCUUGACAAGAAAUAUGGCAUGAUGACAAUCACUACCCAGGCGAGGAGUAUUCAAGGCCAGACAUUCCAAAGCCUGUUAAAAAUAGAUAACGAACUUAUUAAUAACAAUAAUAGAUGAUGAUUUGGUUAAACAACAACUGAA